CUUCAUCUUUUAAUACAGGACCACAAACAAGAUCGCCCGAUCCAAAAGAUUGUUUUAUCCAAAGAACAACCCUUUGGAGCGAUUUAGGUACUUAUUGUCUGACCUCCUCCGACGUGCUUCGAUGCAAUUAUCAGCGUUCUAUAAUAUUCUGGAUUGGACGAGCAACGGUUCAGCAGGUUUUUAGUAGGUUUCGAAAAAAGGUUUUUUUUGUCGGACGAGCGGUUAGUAGUAGAAUCACUAGCAGUAGGCGUAUUUUCACAACAGGAGUCCGCGGUACGAAAGAACGAGAAGUACUACUAGCGCACACAGCCCGACCCCGCACACGGGGGCUCCGCAUUAAGAGUACCAGCCAUGCCCCGGCUGACGCCGGGGCACAAGGCUGUUGGGGCGGGGCAGGACUAUUUGCGGAUCGGGCCACAAUGCCACAGGCCUAAUAUGCAUAAAUGAAACAUACUGGAGUCCUGCCGCCUGUUUGCGCGGCGCCAACCCGCAGGACCACUUGCGCGCUUCCCGCGCCUGUGGGCGCUCUGCGCAGGGAGCAGCUGCAAAGGACACCGGGGGCGAACAGAAGCCGCCCGGCGCGGGAGGGUGGCGCGAGAGGGUUGCGCGAGAGGGUGCGCGAGAGGUUGGCGCGAGAGGGUGCGCGAAAGGGUUCGGGCCAGCCUAUGCAUGAAAAGGCCACAAAAGAAUCAGCCUCGUACCGGGCGGAUUCGGGUUUUUCUACCCCUCUCGCACGCCCUCUUUUUGACCUCUCCCGAGAGGUGUUGCUAAUAAUCCGGCUAUACUCGCCAGCAGAGGUCUACAGAGGUGGCCGAGAGGUGGCCCAGAGGGUGCGCGAGAGGUUCGCCCUUAUUCGCGCAACCUCUCGGCACCUCUGUCCCCCUCUCGCUUACCCUCUCCCGACCCUCUCGGCCACCUCCGUCCCCCAUAGGCGCGGCUUUAGGGCGAGUCCUUCGGCGGGCUAUACUCGCGCACCCUCUCGGCCACCCUCUCGAAUGACCUCCCGCGCCACCUCUCCACCUCUGUCGACCUCUUUUUGACCUCUGUUGACCUCUUUUUUACCUCUCGGCCACCUCCCUUCGACCCUCUGUAGACCUCUUUUUUCGCAUGAAUAUAAUAGAUAGUAAUUCCUUUUCGCUAAGCCGGGGACUUCACCCCCGAAACUUCACUAAAGCGCUCAGUCAGUGCCUCGUCCGAACAGAACUAGGAAUUGGUUAUCAGCUCUCAUCCCGGGAUCAUUUGUUCCCCCCCGAGCCGCUGCGCGGCAGCAAACUUACUGACUUCUUGUUGUAAAUAAAAGUAAAGUUCUUUUCUUCGUUUUAUUGUGUUGAAAACCAAAAUUUUCAUAUCGGGAAGGAGAAUUGUCCUUCCGCUUUUAAUAUUUUCAUAUCUCGAAGACAACAACCAAGAUCAACUUCUCCUUACCAAAACACAUUGUUCCGCCCGCUCCUAAUCCCAAGGACUACUACAACAAACAAACUCCCCCCUCUCUCUGUAGCAAAAAUGACGACCGUGGCACGUAAACGGCUGCUGCGCGACUUGAAAAAGUUGCAAGCGGACCCACCGUCGGGGAUUUCCGCCGCGCCAAUAGAGGACGACAUUAUGCAGUGGACGGCGGUCAUCUUCGGGCCAGAAGACACACCCUGGGACGGCGGGGCGUUUCAGCUCAAUGUCACGUUCAAUGAGGAAUUCCCGACGAAACCACCACAUGUAUAGAAUUGAUGAUAUGAUGAAAGUUUUUUUUCCCGGACUAUUGCAGUAGAGACACAUGAUUGCCACACUGAUAACGCAUGAUGUGUAUCUUCAAAUCAUAAACCGAUAAAUAUCGGCAGACACGACUAGAUGCACAACUACAUGAGGACAAGUUUGUUGUCAUGCGUAGCACAGAAAAGUGAAAAUCAAAUUUAAAAAAUUUGAAAACAAAACAGAUCCGGUUUGUUACGAAGAUGUUUCAUCCCAACAUAUACACGAACGGCGAGAUAUGUCUGGACAUAUUACAGAACCAGUGGAGCCCGAUUUACGACAUCAGCGCAAUCUUGACCUCAAUACAAAGUAUUCUCACUUCUUUAUCCGAGAAAAAGUUGUUGAUGUUUUUGUUGAUAAGUCUGUGAUGCCGAGCAAAAAAUAAUAGGGUAGUUGUGGAGUCUGUCAUGCGCGUAGUUUUAGUGUCUUUUAGUGCAAAAAUUAUGCGAUUUCAUUUUCUAAAUAUCCACCUUCCUUCUCCAGGUCUGCUGACCGACCCGAACCCCAAUUCGCCGGCUAACAGCGAAGCGGCGCAACUGUGGAACGAAAAUCGACGAGAGUACAACAGAAGGGUAGCCGCGGUGGUAGAAGAGUCAAUAAACGCAGAAAUAAGCGACGACGAUGACGAGGAGGAAGCGGGAUAGAGAAGAAAAGCGGCGGCUACUUGAUGUUUCCCGUCCCAGAGUUUAAUAUUCCUCGAGCUUGUUUUUUCCCAUGACGAUGACCACCCCGUCCGGUGAGGAUGCGCAAGAUCAUCUACUCGUUCACGGUUUGGAAAAAUGUGGAUAGAGCAUCACCUUCAGCAUACUACAGUGCGACAACUUCGAGUGGUUUUGUUCAUUCUUGUGACCACUACACCACCAGCAAAUGAAAGUAGGAGAUCUACAGUGUGCUGCCGUGUGCGGUCGUCCAAGAAAAAAACAUGAAAGAAGCUAAAGGGACAACUACUUGCUAGUAGUUUGAUGUUCACCUUCGCUGCUCCUGCUGUCUCCUGAUUUUGAGAAAAACUCGGAAUAAACUCUUCACUGUGUUGACUGGUGUGAAAAAUCAUACAAAAACAAGUUGGAAGAUGUUGAACAAAAAAAAGUAGAUGGGUCAGCGAUCAACAUUGGGACCUAUUUAUUUGCGGUCGCAACAGAAGAAUUUCAAAGCAGCGAAACGACAUA